UCUUCUGUCUAGAAUUGUGGGAAAUAAUACAUACAAUGAAUAUAACAAUAAAGGAGACCAACCAAGUGUAUCCAAAACAAUUUGUACUGAUAUACGUACUCAGGAUUUAAAUACACUUCCUUUUGGAGAUACUACGGUUAUAAAUCCUUUGGUUGUUUUCCAAGAUAAUGCAUCAUCAAUGUCCCCCAGAGAAGAAGUCCGGGCUGAGAAACAAGAACAUAAUCAACCCCUUGCUACAUUUGAAAGGGCAAAUAAUAGAGUUGGCAGCAAGUCACCUUCAUCCUCUUUAGACUAUAAUGGAAAUGAAGAUCUUCCUGCUGAAAGAACAGAUGUAUCUGAAUUUGCAAAUGAAGCUGAAGAGAAGACUUCUUGCAGUGACCUUCAGGGUAAACUUUACAUCAACAGAGUAUUCAACAUGAGUGCAGACAAGAUGUUUGAGCUUCUGUUCACUGACUCUCCAUUUGUACAGAAAUUUAUUAGUACAAGAAAAAUUACAGACCUUGUUAGUACUCCGUGGGAGAAAGCAGAGAAUGGUAACCAAAUAAGAACAAUGAAGUAUGUAAUAACCAUCACAAAUCCUCUGAUUGGCAAGUUUUCAACAGCAACUGAGAAACAGACAUUGUGUAAAGAGAGCCAGAAUGUGCAGUACUACCUGAUUGAUGCAGAAGUGACCACACAUGAUGUGCCUUACCAUGACUAUUUUUAUACACACAACAGAUACUGCAUCAUUCAGACAUCAAAGCGGAAAUGCCGGCUAAGAGUUUCGACAGAUGUGUGCUACAGAAAACAACCAUGGGGUUUGGUGAAGUCUUUCAUACAGAAAAACUCCUGGAGUGGAUUGGAAGAUUACUUCAAGCACUUAGAAUCUGACUUGUUGAUCGAAGAAGCAACACACAAUCCAAUCUCCGCAGAAUUGGGCCAGUCUGGGUUUCGGAGACGCCGGCGAGCUUUCAGCCGAAGCUAUACAGAUCAGUUUCCCAGCUUAGCUCCUCGUCUGGAUGUGGAUACGAGAGAAAUGUACACGGACAGAGGAAAUAAUUUGGAAAGUAAACCAAUACUCCAGAAUCGGAGCCUUUCAAAGUUUGUGUUGGGCAUGAGUGCAAUACUCUUUAUCCUAGCUUUGUUGAAUUUAGUCCUCUAUUUUAAACUUCUGAACAUAGAAAAAGUGGCUGAAAAAGUCCAUUCGUCAAACAAGAUCGGAACAUCCGAAAAGCUGAGUGCUGGUCUGGAUGAAGAAAUAACGACAAAGGGAACAAAACGGCAGGAUAAUGCUGGACUUCACCAUCUGCGUGCAGUGAUCAAUGAUUCUGUUUUACUUCUAGAACAGCUGAAAGGUUCACUGGCGACAAUCCAGAAGAGUUUUGAACUGAAAAACCAGACAGUGAAAAACCCAAUCAGAUAGCAUUUCUGAAGAAUGCGGGUGAAAUCUAUGCGUGGUUGAGAAAUGAAGAUGGAAAACAAUAAAAAUAAUACCUUGUAUUUAUAUACUGCCUUUCACAUUGAGAGCAACCCAUAAUAAUAAAUUAUGUUUAUGCCUGGGUUUGGGAAGUAAAGCUGCAGCCUCUGACCCAAAUCACUGAUAUUGACCCUUUUUAAAUGUAUAAAUUGUGAUAAUCACAGUUUCAGUCUUUGGACGUACAGUACUGAACACAAAAGAUAAGUUCAACAAUUUUAAUUUGCAACCAUGAAUUUUCCAGAGCUUUGGAAUUUGAUUAAAUGACAAAAUACUGCAUUAAAGCACUGCACUUCACUAAUCAUUUAAUCACUCUAUUUUCACCGGUUAAGAACUGUCCAGCUUGUUUCAGCUAUGUUUCUUCAUUGAUUGAUUGAUUGAUUUUAUUUUUUUUUUUUUUUUUUUUUUUUGCUGCACCAUUUUCUAAGCAAUGUUCCAUUUGAUGUGGAAUUGACACUCUAGCAGUCGCCGUGCACAAAACAUAUCUAGAGUUUGUACUUAGAAUAAACACAGAUUUUGUUUUAAUGUUUAUGAAUAGAUUUUUAAUGCAUAGUAUCGAAUUGCAAAGUCUGUUCUAAAACUUGAACUUUUUUUUAGCGAAGAAGGCAAGGUUAUGAUGUGAUCUGAGAAGCACCACUCAGGGUCACUUGUUUCAUUGUUUACAUUUUAGAAUUUUAGUUUGAAAUGUAAUAUUAUUCUGCUUGUGUUUCUAAUUAAGCAUUGGUUGCUAAUGAAGACUUGAAGGCAGAAAUUACUUUCGAAUGUUUAGUGUAUGCAACUAAUAGCUGUGUUUGCUUAUGGAGGCACAAGAAACAAUGCUUGCUAAGAUACUGGCCAGAGAAAUAUCCUUUAGAAAUAUGAAGUGUUUCUCUGUUGAUACGAACAGUAAUUUGGAUUCUCUUUUAAGUUGAGGCAGGAAGCCAAUGUCAACUGUGUAAUGGUGUGGUGAAAGAUGACUUGGAUGUUCUGAUGCAUCUCAUCUUUCAUUAGAUAACUGGAGUUCCUGACCUUAAGGACCUGCUGUUGGAAUUUGUUUUAUUUGAAUGAGUUUGGUUGUAAUUUAUGUAAAAUUAAUAAUCACUUGGGGAAUCAAAAUUCAGGAAAGGGAUUUUAGAUUAUCCAUAUUACAUUAGUAAUGAAUAGGUACUGGACAAGGAUGGUAAGGAAAUGUACAUCAAUUGGCAAACUAAAGACAUUUUAUGGAAAGAUUUUUUCCAAGUUUUAAAUUUCUACUGUGCAAUAUCUGUAGGGCAUUGUUCUGGAAAUAAACUCUAUUCAUUGUUAA